AGCGAGGAGAGGAGGAGAAGAGCGAGGAGAGGAGAAGAGCGAGGAGAGGAGGAGAAGAGCGAGGAGAGACGCACAAUGACCACCAUUCCACCCACCAGCCAGUCCCUCUCCGAUAUCAAUGAGUCGGCCACCAUCAGUAACCCCGCAGACAUCGGGGUGAUUGUCGCCUAUUUUGUCGUCAUUAUAGGAGUCGGCCUGUGGUCCAUGCGUCGUGCGAAUCGUGGAACGGUUGGCGGUUACUUUCUGGCAGGAAGAAGCAUGUCCUGGUUUCCGGUCGGGGCAUCUCUUUUUGCCAGCAAUAUCGGCAGCGGUCACUUUGUGGGUCUGGCCGGCACCGGGGCAGCAAGUGGCAUUGCAGUGGCGGGAUUUGAAUGGAAUGCUCUCUUCGUGGUUUUGCUCAUGGGUUGGAUUUUUGUUCCCGUAUAUCUGACAGCCGAGGUGGUGACAAUGCCAGAAUACCUGAAGAAACGUUUUGGAGGAGAACGAAUCCAGAUCUACCUCUCCGUGCUUUCUCUGGCCAUGUAUAUAUUUACUAAAAUAUCUGUGGACAUGUUCUCUGGAGCCAUCUUCAUACAGGUUGCCCUGGGCUGGAAUAUUUAUCUUUCUGUCAUCGCCUUGUUAGUGAUCACCACCAUAUACACCGUGACUGGGGGUCUUGCAGCGCUCAUGUAUACGGACACUGUGCAGACCUUUGUCAUCAUCGGAGGAGCCUGCGUCCUGGCCGGAUACGCUUUUAGUGAGGUGGGAGGCUACAACGCCCUGAUGGAGAAGUACAUGAAUGCUACACCCAGCGACCUGGGCAACAUCUCAUUGGCUUGCGCCUCUCCACGCUCAGAUGCUCUGCACUUGCUGCGGGAUGCCAAGGAUGGGGAUCUGCCCUGGCCAGCUGUGAUCGUGGGACUGACCAUUGUGGCCACCUGGUAUUGGUGCAGCGACCAGGUCAUCAUUCAGCGGUGUCUGGCCGCUCGCUCUCUCAAGCACGUUAAGUUGGGGUGCAUUCUGUGCGGUUAUCUGAAGAUCCUGCCAAUGUUCCUGAUGGUAAUGCCCGGGAUGAUCAGCAGAGUCCUCUACACCAAGGAAGUGGCGUGUGUCGUGCCGGAAGAAUGUCAGGAGUUUUGUGGAACACCGAUUGGCUGCUCAAACAUUGCUUACCCCAAGCUGGUGGUAAAACUGAUGCCCACAGGUCUCCGUGGCCUCAUGCUUGCGGUUAUGUUAGCCGCCCUCAUGAGCAGUCUGGCCUCCAUAUUCAACAGCAGCAGCACUCUGUUCACUAUUGAUGUCUGGAAGAAGCUGAGACCUCGGGCUGCGGAGAGGGAGCUGAUCCUGGUGGGGAGGGUGUGGACGGUCUGCCUCGUGGCCUUCAGCAUCGCGUGGAUUCCCGUGGUCCAAGCUGCACAAGGAGGGCAAUUGUUUGACUACAUCCAAUCCGUGGCCAGUUUCCUGGCACCGCCCAUCGCCGCCGUCUUCUUCCUGGCGCUAUUCGUGAAGAGAGUGAACGAGGCGGGUGCCUUCUGGGGUCUGAUUGGAGGGCUGUUCCUGGGUCUUUGUCGGAUGGUGCCUGAAUUUGCCUUUGGAUCGGGAAGCUGCUCUGCCCCCAGCUCCUGCCCUGCGCUCAUCUGCGGAGUUCAUUAUCUCUACUUUGCCAUCAUUCUCUUUUUCUGCUCGGCGGUACUUAUCCUGGCCGUGUCCUACUGCACGCCGCCCAUCCCGGACCAACAGUUGUAUCGCUUGGUGUUCAGCCUUCGGCACAGCCAGGAGCCGCGGGAGGAGAUGGAGAAGCCAGGUAAUGUGACCAAUCACACGCCAGCACUGCCACCAACCAAUCACAGACACCGGCAUCUCUGUCAGGUGUACAGAUCACACGGGAAUUACCCCGGGAAGAGGCGGAGACAAUGAUAAUCACAUGACACGCAACGUUUAUUGAGUUCAUUUAUUAUUAUGGGUACCAGACUCCUCCUCCUCCUCAGAGGGUGUGGUCAGCA